AUCUCUCGGAUCCCACCGUAUCUCGCCGCCUCUCGCCGAGACGAUCACCAGCAUCAGGUAGUUGAGGUCCAGCCGCCGUCGCCGUCUUCUUCUUCGUCUCCGACAGGCGGAGCUGGCUAACGAGCUGGAUCAGCUGGAGGGCGGGUUCUCCUCGGCGCCGCGCGGGCACGAGACCGAGGAGCAGCGCAACAAGUUCCUGGUGCUCCGCCUCUACGAGGCGCUCAACGCCCGCGACCACGCCGCCGUCCACUCCCUCCUCGCCCCCGACCUCGAGUGGUGGUUCCAUGGCCCGCCCGCGCACCAGCACAUGAUGCGCCUCCUCACCGGCGGCACAUCACCGGCCUCCUCCUCCUUCAUCUUCCAGCCGCGCUCCGUCGACGCCUUCGGCUCCACCGUCAUCGCCGAGGGCGUGGACGACAAGGCCAAGGCAUACUGGGUGCACGCCUGGACGGUGGGCGGCGAUGGGGUGAUCACCCAGCUGCGCGAGUACUUCAACACCGACCUCACCGUCACGCGCCUCGCCGCCGCCGCCGCGUCCAAGUGCGUCUGGCAGAGCCGCCGCCCCGACCGCGCCCGCAACUCCCUCCCCGGCCUCGUCCUCGCCCUCUAACUGCAAUGUGAUAUGUACAUUCUUUUAGUGUGUGGGACUACUUACCACAUUUCCACAUGUCUCGUGGAUUUGAUGACGAUGAACUGGUAGUAGUAAAUUACCACGAGUGGAAGUCUUGCAUGUCUUCAAAUUAAGACAUAGGAAUUUCUAAACGAACCGCAACACGUUCGAGUUUUUCAUUGUCCUAUAGCAACAAAACAUCGCGCCCCACUGGUGCACACGAUGCUAAUUUAUGUCA